AAGCCUUGCACUUUACUUUAGUUCCGGUAGUAAAGAGGCAAACAUGGCCGCGGAAGGGGAUGUGGACUUGGACUUAGAUGCUGAGGAGAAUUGUACUGAAAAACCAGCAGAAAAACCUCGCAAACAUGACAGUGGAGCUGCUGACUUGGAGCGGGUGACUGAUUAUGCCGAAGAGAAGGAAAUAUCCAGCUCGGAUCUGGAAACGGCUAUGUCGGUAAUUGGCGACAGGAGAUCAAGAGAACAGAAAGCAAAACAGGAGAGAGAAAAGGAACUGGCCAAAGUCACAAUCAAGAAAGAAGACGUAGAACUUAUAAUGAGCGAGAUGGAGAUCCCCAGAGGCACAGCUGAACGCAGUUUGAGAGAGCACAUGGGCAAUGUGGUGGAAGCACUGAUCGCCCUGACUAACUGAACGGGAAGGAAAGAGCCUGUAAAUGGUUUCUCAAUAGCACAACAAGCAGACUGUCUUGAGCUAUUCCAUCUAUGGUGCAUGGACUGUCUAUAAAUACCAUUUGAUUGACCAUUUAAUUGACAAAGUGGACUGGAUGGGGAAUGUGUUUUAAGUGCAUCUAGUCCUGACAGAAAACACAAGUAUGGAAAUGCUUUCAUUGCAAUACACGAGAGCUGACAUUCUACUUUUACUUUUCCAAUUUAAUAUCACUCAAUAAAAGUUCACUACUUUCA